GUCAAAUAUACAUCAAUUUAGAUUCAUUCGCUUUCAGUGUUUUAAAUUAAGAUAUAAUAGUGUUAUUCAACAAUUUUAUAGCUAAUUAAGCGCAAUCUCCCAUUAGUAGUUUAUUCCAGCUUAUUCCUAAGCUAUCAAAAUGCUGGUCCUAGUCCUCGGUGACUUACACAUCCCGCACCGCACCGGCAGCCUCCCGCCCAAGUUCAAGAAACUGCUGCUCCCGGGCCGCAUCCAGCACAUCCUGUGUACUGGCAACCUCUGCACUAAGGAGUCCUAUGACUAUUUGAAGACGCUGGCCAGUGAUGUGCAUGUGGUUAGAGGAGAUUUUGAUGAGAACUCCACCUACCCGGAACAAAAAGUCAUUACCGUCGGCCAGUUCCGCAUCGGCCUGGUCCACGGACAUCAGGUGGUCCCCUGGGGAGACGAAGAGUCCCUUGCACUGGUACAGAGGCAGCUAGAUGUGGACAUCCUGAUCUCUGGACACACACACCGGUUUGAGGCGUACGAGCAUGAGAACAAGUUUUAUAUCAAUCCGGGGUCUGCCACUGGAGCUUACAGUCCACUGUUCAGGAACCCAACGCCAUCAUUCGUGCUAAUGGACAUCCAGAGCUCCACAGUGGUCACAUAUGUCUACAAGCUGCUUGGCGAUGAGGUGAAGGUCGAGAGGAUUGAGUACAAGAAGGCGUAGUGUAUAACUAUAGAUCUAUUAUAGGCUGUAAUGUGUUAAGAGAUACUAUUCCAUAUGUAUAAAUGUCAGUAUAUCCCUUCGAAAGCUACGCCCACAGACAAGACGUCCUCCAGACUGAGCAUAGUAGCGCUACCCCCUCUGCCACAAAUAUAUGCUGAGUAAGACUACUCCAUUUUCGAGUAUCUUUGUGUGACGCCCGUGUCUUUGAACGGACCAAUACCACCCCUGUAUUUUUGGCUGCAUCGGUUUCAUGAAAUAAUUGCUCUAAGCUCCGUCUAGACUAGAGGAUUCCUAGUCUAUGACCACGCCUAUCGUGC